AUGUCAGAACCAACAGCCAAACCCUUCCACACCUGGUGUCAAACCUCCCACACCUCCCACCCCAUCCUCCGACAAUCCCUCAUCCCAACCCUCCUCACCAGCAUAUCACAAAUCGGCACCGCCCUCCGCACAUCUCACCACGUCUCCCUCGCUGGCACGUCCAACCCCUUCGGCGACGACCAACUAAACGUGGACGUCACCGCCGAAACCAUCAUCCGCGCCGCCCUCGCGAAAUGCCCAUCCGUCAUCACCGCCAGCAGCGAAGAGGACCCCCAAGAGUGCCCCGUCCACAAAGACUCAAGCACAAACCAAAGCGAAGCAUACACCGUCGCAUUUGACCCCCUCGACGGGAGUUCCAUCAUCGCACCAAACUGGAGCGUCGGCACCAUCAUCGGCAUCUGGGAAGGCAGAACUGCAUUGUCACGACUCCCAUCAGAGAAACAAGUCGCUGCUAUAUUAGGCGUCUACGGGCCACGAACCACAGCCAUAGUAGCUAUACGAACGCCUGAUGCUGAGCCUGUAUGCUUCGAGGUAGGCCUCUCGGAUGAGGGCAUGCAAAGUUACGAAAUGAUUCGGGAGUCGGUGCGGCUGGCCUCCCCGCCGUUUAAGACGAGAUACUUUGCGCCGGCGAAUUUGCGCGCCGCGGCUGAUGAUGAGAGGUACAUGAAUUUAGUGGCGCAUUUCAUUCAAAGCAAGUAUGCUUUGAGGUAUAGCGGUGGUUUGGUUCCGGAUGUGGUUCAUGCGUUGGUCAAGGGGCAUGGUGUGUAUUUGUCGCCGGUUACGAAGCAGAGUAAGGCUAAGUUGAGGAAGUUGUUUGAGUUGUUUCCCAUUGCGUUGAUUGUGGAGGCAGCUGGGGGAAGGGCCAUUGAUCCUUGUAGUGGGAAUGAUACUCUUUCUGUGGGUGUUGAGGAGUGUGAUGAACGGGGUGGGUUGAUUUGUGGGAAUGUAGAGGAUGUGGAAUAUGUGAAACGUGAGCUGGGGCUUUAA